AUUUUAUAAAACGCAGCCUUGCCAGUUGCGUGUUACGACUGUGUAGUAGGUAGUAGUGUGAAGUCAUCGGUAAUUAAGAGUUGCACUUCACUUGAAAGUUGACUUGACCGUAGACAAUUGAAAAAAAAAAACAUGGUACGCUUACUGUCGGAAAUGUGUGUUAGGUUUAAUUUUGUGUUUAACACAUUUUUAUCGACUGGUUUGUAGUAACCAGUUGUUUUGCGAUUGUGGUACUGACCGUACUUCAUUUAUUAGCAAUUUGAAUGUUUUUUCUGCAAAGUUGAAAACUGACACACGGUCACUUCUGUAUACACAGACCUUGUGACCAGAGUUUAACCCAGGCCUGUGGAGGUGAAAGGCUGGUGCGUCAGUCCUCUGUGCCCCCAAGCCCCCAGAUUGACCUCUACAGUAAUGGGCAGCCUGUCGAUCUGUGUACAGAGAAGUAAGGCCUGUGAUCUCCCACUAGACUCCAGCUGUGGAGUGUGAUCCCAUGCCAUAAUGAGUUCCUGAGCCUAGGCAUACCACACAUGGUCACUCCCUGUCCACUGGAGAGGUCACAAUGGAGGCGUCGGAGGCCCUCUCAGGCAGUGUGAACUCCGCCUACCAGCCCCCAGGGGAGGAGGAGGAGGAGGAGGAGGAGGAGGAGGAGGAGGAGGAGGACCACCAGUCACCCCUGCUGUCUGAGCUUACCCCGGUCCAUAGCCUGUAUGCCGCAGCCGGACACAAACCCCAGGACCACUGCAACCUGGUCUACAUCAUCUUCUUCAUCCUUGGGGUCGGCUCGCUGCUGCCCUGGAACUUCUUCAUGACAGCCAAACAGUACUGGCUGUACAAGCUUACCAACAGCUCGUCCCCCAACCACAGCUCCGACCUGAGCAAUUACUUUGAAAGCUACCUCUCUACAGCAUCCACCGUGCCCUCUGUUCUGUGCCUGUUGCUCAACUUCACCUUAGUUAAUAAGGUCUCUUCUACAGUGCGGGUGCUCUGCUCCUUGGCGGUGAUGCUGGUGAUAUUCGUGAUCACCACGGCUCUGGUCAAAGUGGACACGUCGGCGGUGAUGCAGGAGUUCUUUGUGGCCACGCUGGUGUGUGUGGCCGUGGUCAGUGGGGCCUCAAACAUCUUCACAGGCAGCCUGUUUGGAGUGAGCGGAAGAUUCCCCAUGCGCAUCUCGCAGGCGCUCAUCUCCGGGCAGGCGAUGGGCGGGACUCUGUGUGCUGUCGCCUCAGUGGUGGAUCUCGCGGCGGCCGCUGAUGUCACAGACAGCGCGCUGGCGUUCUUCCUGUUGGCUGAUGUGUUCGUGGUGCUGUGUAUCAUCAUGUACCUGCUCCUGCCUCGACUCGCCUACUCUAGGUACUACAUGCAGAGCCCAGAGGAGAGAGUGUCGCCCCCCUGUGGUGUCUCUGGGAAUGGCACCCCCUCCACCCCCCCCUUCUGUCCUAUCCUGCGGCGGACCGCGGUUCUGGGUUUCUGCGUCUUCUAUGUCUUCUUCGUCUCCAUCGUGGUGUUCCCAGCCAUCUCCUCCGGCAUCGAGUCUGUGCGCAAGGAUACGGGCAGUCCCUGGACCACCAAGUACUUUACUCCGCUCACCAGCUUCUUUCUGUACAACGUGGCGGACUUCUGUGGGCGCCAGAUCACAGCCUGGAUCCAGGCUCCGGGGCCCAAGAGUCGGCUCCUGCCCACCCUGGUCACCCUUCGCACGGUCUUCGUGCCACUCUUCAUAUUCUGCAAUUACCAGCCCCGCGGCCACAUCCCCACCGUGCUCUUUGCCCAGGAUGUCUACCCCGUGGUGUUUAUCUUCCUCCUGGGCCUCUCCAAUGGCUACCUGGGCACCCUGCCCAUGAUCUACGGGCCCAAGGUGGUGCAGAAGGAGCUGGCGGAGGCAGCGGGCGUGGUCAUGUCCUUGUUCCUGGCGCUCGGGCUGGCGGCCGGGUCUGCCUUUUCGGUUCUGAUCGUGCAUUAUUUAUGACGUACGUUUUAAAGGAUGGCAUUUUAAAAAAAAGUUUUUUUUAUUAAUGUUUUCAACAUUUUUUUAUUCCAGCAAGUAAGAAAAGCCUGUUAUGUUUGGACAGUAUUAUCAAAAAUAUGUAUCCUUUUGUGUUUUUUGUUAUGUUUUUAUUCUGGACUAAAUAGGACUCAGUAAACACAGCUGACUGAGUCUGCACUCCAGUAGUAAGACACCACAGAGCUUUACCGACUCCAGCCAGCAGGAUGCUGGCCCUGCAGUGGCACUAGCUUUUAUAUAGUGCCGUUCAUCAUCAGGAAAAAACAAACCUAGAUCUGAAACAUUCCUGCUCUUAUUAGGAUUUUAAAUUGAGUUUUAUUUAAUUUUUCUAUAUUCUAUUUCUUCUAAUGCUUUAGUAUUUUUUUUUCUUUUCUGAACUUGUAUUCUAGUUUGGCUAUGGUACUGUUCUCCAAUAGAAAGCGUGUUCUGCUGGAUUGGGCUCACCUGAGUUGAAGCAGACAAGCUCAGGUGUGGUUAAUGAAGUGUGAAACCACUCUCCCUCUCCCUCCCCAGGGCAGCUGUGGGAGCGAGUGGCUAUGGGCGGGUUGUUUUUAUUCACUGGCUGUUUCCCCAAGGACUGCGCUUAUGAUACAAGCUGCAGAAGAAAACAACACACCCAGAGGUUUCCAACGCCAGCUCCGCUUCAGUCCAGCUUUGUCAUUCCAGUCAGGGCCUAAAUAACUUAACUGACACCUUGUGGGAAAAAAUAAUUACUUUUUUUUUUUUUUUUUAAAUGUGGGCUCGACGAGAACAUUUAAAAGCAUGGUGACUGUAGUGCAAUGGAAACACAGGCAAUUGCAGCUGUAUGGGAGGAAAUGAGCUGUUCUCAGCUAUUUUAUACACAGUCACCCCCCCCCCCCCCCCCCCCAACCAGUCACAUUGCACAGGUAAUGUCAGCAUACAUUACAGUUUGUGUGUGUAUUAUUUGUUUUUUAAUUGGACCAUCCCAGCACUACGGACUAUCCCAGAACCCUUGUAAAGGUGUCCCACAGUAAAAGCACAGCAAAGUGUAACAAAGCAUAGUGAAAGCAUGCUUAAGCAUAGGAAUGCAUUGUAAAG